AUGAACGAUCAACAAAUUGAAAAUGAAAAGGAAUUGGUUGAAAGAAGACAAAGACUCAUUACUGAAAAUAAAAAACUACUAAAAAUAAUAGAUAAGCUGCUUAAAAACGAUAAAACUACAACUAAAGUUAAAUCAAGUAUUAAAUAUAAAGAAAUUAAAGAUAUCUACAAUCUAAUAGUUAAUAUAGUUAACACCAAUAAAAAUACUAACUAUAAACACUAUAAAGAUGUGAUAAAAUCUAUAAAUGAUGAUAUUCUUUAUAAAAACAUUCUUAAUAAUUAUAAAGAAGAAAUAAUCAAAGAAGAAAAGGAAUCUGAAGAGACAAUCAAUCCAGUAACAAUAACGGAAGAACCACCAGUAGACAUUAAAGAAUUUUUUAAUAAAGAAUAA